GGAUAAGGCGAUCUGAUACCAAGCCACACAACGUUUUUUCUUUCUUUCUAUUUUUUUUUUCUCUUCCCAAAAGGAAAAAGUGACAAAGAGUUGCUGUCCUCCUUCAAUCAGCAAGAGAAUAAGAAAAUUAAAGAGAAAAAAAGGGGAAAAUCCAUGAAUUUCGUACUCUUCCCUUCAUCACCAGCUGCUGCAAUCACCAACUCUGCAGUUUCUGCAUCUUUCUACGUUUGUCCUAACGUCUCCUUUGGACCACCAUUGUUGAAAUUCAGCAGAAGAAUAUCAUGUCCCCUUAUCGGAGCUUCUGCGGAGUCUCAAGACUCGUUGCCGGAACUGGUCACCGAAACCGGAGUCAUAGUCAUCGGCGCCGGACUCUCCGGCCUAUCGGCGGCAGCUCACCUUUCGGCCCGGAAAAUUCCGUUUCUCCUCCUCGAGGCAUCCGAUGCCGUCGGCGGCCGCGUUCGGACCGACAAGGUAGACGGCUUCCUUCUUGACAGAGGAUUUCAGAUCUUCAUCACAGCCUAUCCUGAGGCAAAAAGGAUGCUGGACUACGAAGCUCUGGAUCUCCAAAAGUUCUACUCCGGCGCCCUGGUCUACUUCAACGGCGAGUUCCACCGCGUCGCCGAUCCGUUUCGCCAUUUCGGGGACUCAUUAACCACGGUCGCCAAUCCAAUUGGAAACUUAACCGACAAGCUCUUGGUUGGCCUGAACAGAAUCACUGCUUCUAGGGCGUCUGAUCAAGAGAUCUUCUCCGCGCCCGAGGUAACGAUCAGCGAGACAUUGAAGAGCAUUGGCUUCUCCGAUUCGAUCAUCGACAGAUUCUUCCGACCCUUUUUCGGCGGCGUCUUUUUCGAUAAAGAUCUCGUGACGUCUUCAAGACUCUACGACUUCAUCUUCAAGUGUCUCGCGUUGGGCGACAACACACUCCCCGCAAAUGGGAUAGCCGCAAUUCCGGAUCAACUGAGCUCGAAACUGCCUCCUGACUCUGUUUGGUUUGGAGCCAAAGUUGCGAAAAUCGAUUUUCCGGCAGGCAUUGUCUUGGAGGAUGGAAGAACUGUUAAGAGCCAACACGGCGUGAUACUUGCAGUGGAAGAACCUGAGGCAGUUCGGUUGCUGGAAGGCCGGAAGCCGGCGAGCAAACCAGGAAGAAGCACUGUAUGUCUCUACUUCUCGGCCGACGAUGCGCCUAUAAAGGAACCAAUUUUGAUCCUAAAUGGAUCGGGUGAGGGACUAGUGAACAACAUGUUCUUCGCCACCAACGUCGCGAAAUCAUACGGACCGGCCGGAAAGACGCUGGUCUCGGCAACCCUCGUCGGCGGAUACGACCAGUAUCAGGAUGAGGAAUUGGAAGAGAUGGUGAGGAAGGAGCUCGGUGGGUGGUUUGGUAGCAGCACGGUGGGCUCAUGGAAGCACUUGAGGACAUACAGGAUAGGGUUCGCCCAGCCUGACCAGAGGCCGCCGAUUGGGUCUAGGUUCAAGUACAGGGACCCACGGGUAGGUGCAGAAAUUUAUAUCUGUGGUGACCAUGUCGAGUCUGCAACCUUCGAUGGAGCCCUAGUCUCGGGCAGAAGGGCAGCCGAGGCCCUGAUAGCAGACAAAGGAUUGUAAGUAAUUGAGUCUUGGGCUGAGCUAUGCAAACACGACACUAUCUUUUUCUUUCCCUUUCUUUCUAAACCCACGUUUGAUUCCCCAGAUAACGACUGAAUGCUUUUCUUUCAUAUAUAUAUAUAUAUAUAUAUAUAUAUAUAUAUAUUCUGGCUGUCGAGCUCAUGAAGAUGUAGCAUCAAUUGUGAUAGAAGAUUGAAAGAAAAAUAUAAAAAAGAAAAGUAGUGGACACUUUCAUA